AUGUCUGAAAGUUAUGAAUACUCCACUAAGUUUCUAUCAUUUCAGUGUAUUAUCUUCUCCAUAUUCUUCUUUCUUGUUGCUUCCUUUACAUUUUCUGUUUCCGCUGCCAUUGAAGAUGGUGAAGCAAAAGCUCUGUUGAAUUGGAAAGCCAGCCUUACUGAGCAAAGCCAAGCAACGUUGUCUUCAUGGAAUAAUGGCACUAAUCUUUGCAAAAACUGGAAGGGAAUUUCAUGUGAUGAAGAAUCCAUGUCUGUGAUCAAUAUAAGUCUGUCAAAUCUUGGCCUACAAGGUACACUUCACAGUCUCAGCUUUGCUUCAUUUCCUAGUCUACAGUAUUUUGACCUGGGUUACAACCAAUUUUAUGGAAACGUUCCCCAAGAGAUUGGUAACCUAUCCAGUAUUUUGAGGUUCAAUUUGUCGGAGAAUCCUUUAAUUAUUGGUCCCAUUCCUAAAGAAAUAGGAGCUUUGAGCACUCUCAGUGUUCUUGAUCUUAGUGUAUGUAAGCUUACGGAUAGAAUACCCAGUGAAAUUGGGAACUUGAGGAACCUGACGGAUCUAGUGCUUGCUCAAAAUUCUCUUUCUGGUUCCAUUCCAGAAGAGAUUGGAAUGUUGAGUAGACUUUUACAACUUGAUUUGGCUAGAAACUCCAUGCUAUCUGGUAGAAUCCCAUCAUCAAUUGGAAACUUGAACAUGUUACAAGAACUUUAUAUCGAUUUUUGCAAUCUCUCUGGUCCUAUACCAAAUGAAAUUGGAAAACUCGAUUCUCUCAAGACAAUUUAUUUAGAAAGCAAUAAACUUUAUGGGCCAAUCCCUCCCUCUAUGGGGAACUUGACAGGUCUCGAGGAGUUGGUCUUGUCAAAUAACAAUCUUUCUGGUUUAAUUCCUCAAUCCAUUGGAAACUUGAUCAAUUUACCAGAAAUCUAUCUAGAAUAUAACAAUCUUUCAGGACCUAUUCCUUCCACCAUAGGAAACUUGACAAAGCUCGACACUCUAGUAUUGAUUGAGAACAACCUCAGUGGUCAACUUCCUCGAGAAAUGAACAACAUAAGUUGGUAUAAUUUACAAGUGGGUAAUAAUCAUUUCCAAGGCCAACUGCCUCAAGAAAUUUGUCAGGGUGGGAUGUUAAUUAGAUUUGUUGCUCAAAAUAACCAGCUCAUUGGUCCCAUUCCAACUAGUUUGAAGAAUUGUUCUAGUUUAAGAAGACUCAGGCUUCAGGGUAAUCAACUAGUUGAUAAUGUAACAGAUGCUUUUGGAGUAUAUCCUGAUUUGGACUUCAUUGAUCUAAGUGGAAAUCAACUAUAUGGCCACCUUUCAUCCAGUUGGGGAAAGUGUCAAAAUCUCAAGCAAUUGUAUGUUAACAAUAACAAGCUUUCCGGUGAUAUACCACCAGAACUAGGGGAGGCAGCUAAGCUUGGUGAACUUGACUUGUCUUCAAAUCAUUUGUAUGGACAAAUUCCAAAAGAACUAGGCAAGUUGAUAAUGUUGACAAAACUAUUGUUGAGCCACAAUAACUUCUCUGGUAAUGUUCCCUCAAAUAUAAGAUCGCUUACUCAACUUGAAACAUUAGAGUUGGCAGCAAAUAAUUUCUAUGGCUUAAUCACAAGAGAGCUUGGGGAAUUAAAAAGCUUAAAGUUCUUGAAUUUGAGUAGAAACAAAUUUGAUGGAGGUAUUGCCCUUCAGUUUGGUCAACUCCAAGAGCUUGAACAACUUGAUCUUAGUGACAAUUUGCUCAAUGGAACAAUACCAUCAGCGCUUGGCAUGUUACCUAAAUUGCAAGUAUUGAACCUCUCGCAUAAUGAUCUCACUGGUGCUAUUCCUUCUGGUUUUAGUGGAUCAAUGUCAACUUUGACUAUUAUUGACCUAUCAAAUAAUCAAUUAGAAGGCCUUGUUCCAAACAAACCAGCCUUUCAAACAUUUGAAGGAUUGAAGAAUAAUAAAGGUUUGUGUGGUAAUGUCACUGGCUUACAUCCUUGUAGUAAUUCUCAAAUGAGUCAUAAGAGCAAAAUCUUCUUGAAGAUAUUCCUCCCAUUAGCAAUACUACUACUAGUAGUGGUUGGAGCUUCUUUUAUCUUUCUCCUACAUGCAAGAAAAGCAAAAACCAAAGAUGAAGAAGCACAAUCACAGGACAUUUAUUUUGUAUGGAGUUCCAACAGAGAAAUAUUGUAUGAAAAUAUCAUCGAAGCCACAAUGAACUUUGAUGAUAGAUAUCUAGUUGGGAAAGGUGGCCAAGGAAGUGUUUAUAAGGCCGAGUUGCCUACAGGUGAUGUUGUUGCUGUAAAAAAGCUUCAUUCCUUACCAAGUGGGGAAAUCUCUCACAAGAAAGCUUUCACAAGUGAGAUUCGAGCUCUGACAGAAAUCAAACAUCGCAACAUUGUGAAGUUGUAUGGGUUUUGUUCUAACUCACGAUUCUCCUUUCUGGUUUAUGAGUUCUUGGAAGGUGGCAGCUUGGACAACAUACUAAAGGAUGAAGCACAAGCCACUAAGCUUGAUUGGAAAAAGAGAGUGAAUGCCGUUAAAGGUGUCGCUGCUGCUUUAUUCCAUAUGCAUCAUGGCUGUUCAUUUCCUAUUGUUCAUCGUGACAUAUCGAGCAAGAAUGUACUUCUAACUUCAGAAUAUGAAGAAGCUCACCUCAUUGACUUUGGAACAGCCAAGUUUUUGAAUCCUAACUCAAACAAUAUGACCACAUUUGUUGGCACCUUCGGUUACGCUGCUCCAGAGAUUGCUUAUGUUAUGGAAGCGAACAAGAAAUGUGAUGUUUACAGCUUUGGAGUGUUGACUUUGGAGAUCGUUAUGGGAAUGCAUCCUGGAGAGCUUAUUUCAUCUUUGAUGGAGAAAUCAACCACAUAUGAUUUGCUAUUAAAGGAUGUGUUGGAUCCACGACUUUCAACGCCUAGAAAAUCAAUCAUUGAUGAGGUUAUUACAGUUGCAAAAAUAGCAUUUUUUUGUUUGAAUGAGGAUCCUCGUUCUCGUCCAACAAUGGAACAAGUAUCUAAGGAGCUUGAACGGCAGCCAAAGUCUCAUAUGGAAGAACCAUUAGUCAGCAUCACAAUUGGACAACUAAUGAAUGAUUAGACUCAUUAAUUAGUUAGUCAUUUGUGUCUCUGUUGACAUGUUGAUGAACAUAAUUAAUUGUAAGCUCUCAAAGAUCAUAUGCACCAUAUGUAUGAUCAGUUACGUUGC